AUGCGUUACGAAUUACAUAUACGAGAACUUGGAUUAAUCUACAUCCCUGUCCAUCUAAAAGAGAGAGAGAGAGAUGAAGAGAGUGUGAGAGAGAAAGACAGUGCAAGAGAAAAAGAUUCUUCAUAUCUAUCUAUCUAUCUAUCUAUCUAUCUAUCUAUCUAUCUAGUAUUAAGUUGUAAGAGUUUUGGCAUAUUUCUUUUUUCUCUUUUAAUUUCCUUUUUUCUUCCAUCCUUUCUUUUUAUAAUCGUAUUUGUUUUUUUUUUUCUUUCUUUCCAGUGUUCCUUUCCUUCUAAACGUUUCUUUUUUCAUUCUUCUAUUAUUUAUUUAUCCAUUUAUUUAUUUAUUUUCUCCAAAUGCUUUCUUUCUUUUAUAACAAAAGUUUCAUUUAUUCAUUCAUUCUUUCUUUCUUUUUUUAAUUUCAUAACCCUACAUUUCUUUCUUUCUUUCUUUCUUUCUUUCUUUCUUUCUUUCUUUUAUGGAUAUAUUUCUUUUUUUUCUUUCUUUUAUAACUUUUUCUUUUGUCUUUUUUUUUAUGGCUAUAUUUCUUUUCUUUCUUUCUUUCUUUCUUUUUAUAACUACAUUUCUUUUGUCUUUCUUUUAUGGCUAUAUUUUUUUCUUUCUUUCUUUUAUAACUACAUUUCUUUUGUCUUUCUUUUAUGGCUAUAUUUCUUUCUUUCUUUCUUUCUUUCUUUUAUAACUACAUUUCUUUUGUCUUUCUUUUAUGGCUAUAUUUCUUUCUUUCUUUCUUUCUUUCUUUUAUAA